UUUCAUACUGCAUCUUUUUCCAUUAGGCAUAGGUUAUGUCCGUAAAAAUAAUGUAUUUCCUGCCAUACAUGGCCUGUAUAAUAUGCCUGUGGCUAAUUGGACAUGUGGUGGCUCAGAAUACAGAACGUAGUGAGCGUCCUCCGCCACAACUAAGUACGUUGUUAUGGCAACCGACGAGGCGAACUUCCCCAGCUGUUACGGAGGAUUACCUGUGGUCACGUGGGUUAGUCACGCCCUCGUGGCGACCAAUCAUAACAGAGUCAUCGGUUCUGGUGGACAUUAUAUUUCUCGUCGACGGCUCGGGUUCAGUGAAUUACAACGCACCUGGUAACUGGCGGAGGGUUCUAACUUGGAUAAAAGCGGUAGCUUCUGGUUUUAACAUCUCAAACGAGAACGUGAAUAUAGGGGUUGUCCAGUAUUCACACUGGUAUCGUACAUUGCCCAUGUCCAGUCAAAUCUACCUAAAAACUGAAAUAGCUUUGAACAGAUGCCGAACUCAAGCUUGCUUUCAAUAUCUCGUGGAUAAAAUACAGAUAAUGGGGUACACGACUUACACAGGUGCUGCAAUAAAUAAGACUAUCCUGGAGGAUUUUUCUACCACGCCAGCUAGAAGUAAUAAGAUCCUAAUUCUGCUGACAGAUGGAAUAUCUAAAGAUGAUGUGAAUUAUGCAUCAGCAUUCGCAAGGAGACAGAACAUAACAAUAUUUUGCAUUGGUGUGGGAUCUUAUUCAUUAUCUCAGCUUCAAAUAAUUGCCAAUGGCGAGCUUAACAACAACUGGAGGAUUUAUCAACUUAACUCAUUUAACCAACUUCCAACUACUGUGCAAAACUUGCAGAGAGAAAUUAAAGCAGUUUAUGAUAUACCAGCUUGCACACCUCUCAUACCACCCAUCCAUGGACAGCUGACUUGUACAAAUGCAAAUGAAAUUGGUUCUACUUGUUCUUACAACUGUGACCAUGCUGGUGGUUAUGGAAUACAUGGUAGCGAGAAUCGAACAUGUCAAUACUUAACUAUGGGUGUGCCAAGAUGGUCAGGAGAUAUAUCUACAUGUGGAGUUUGUACAGCAAGUUUUGAUCUUCUUGUAAUAAUUGAUUCAUCAUCAAGUAUUGGGUUGUUUAACUUCCAGAUAAUGAAGGAUUUCAUCAUAAGAUUGGUGGACACUGUUGAAAUUGGCCCUGACAAAGUGCAGGUUUCAGUGAUAACAUACAACAGGAGGAUAUAUGAUAAGUGGAAUUACGACGCUUACUCAAACAAAAAUCAAUUGCUGCAGGCAAUCAUUGGUUUAACAUAUUCUGGUAGUGGAACAAGGACAGGUCGUGUCUUGGGGUAUGCAGUUGACUACAAGUUUCUGCCAUCAUAUGGUAGAAGACUAAACAAACCACACAUUACUAUAAUCAUCACUGAUGGAAAGUCUUCAGAUGCGAUAACAAGUAACACAUUAAAUAGACUUCACGGAAUGUCUAAAGUAAUAGCAAUUGGUCUUCAUGGGGCAAACCAACCAGAAAUUCUUCGAAUUGCAUCGAACCCUGACUCACUUUAUGCUCAUAGUGUCCAAGGAAGCUUUGUUGGAUUAUUAUCAACAAUAAGGGAUAUUGCUUCGACACUCUGCACUGCACAAACAGAAAUUAUAAACACAACGUGCCCACUGUCGCGUCUUCCGAACCCAAGUACAUGUCAUGAAAUGAGAUGCUCCAACACUGAACAUGCAGGAUCAGAAUGCAUAGCCACCUGUUGUGAGGGCUAUCAUAUCAUUGGUGGGAAUGUAGCAACUUGCUUGUACAAUGGGAAUUGGUCAAAAUCUUCAUGGCAAUGUGUAGAGAUAGGUUGUACUGAGAUAAAUGUUGUGAAUGGGAUGGUGAAGACAUGUUCCUCACAACAUGAUAUUGAUUCAGUUUGUCGCAUUCGAUGUCAACCUGGCUUCAUCCUAGAUGGUAACCUUCAUUCUACUCAUUGUGAGGUCUCAGAUUCAGCUAGCAGAUACAAUGAAUGUAUGUUCACUUGUAGACGAGUAACUAAUUCCACCCCUCAGUGGGAUAAUAGUCCAACUACAUGCAGAAGGGAUCCUUGCUUUUCAAAUCCAUGCAUGCAUGGUGUCUGUGUAGCAAGUGAUGCUACAACAUUCACAUGCCAAUGUAACACAGGGUACAUUGGGCGAUUAUGUGACUUAAAUGAAGAUGAUUGUGUUGGCCACCUUUGUACAAACAACGCAACUUGUAUAGAUCAGAUUGGAGAAUACGCUUGUACUUGUCUACCAGGUUUUUCAGGUCAUAGAUGCGAUGUUAAUAUUGAUGAUUGCAGAACAAAUCCAUGUGAAAACAACUCAACAUGCACAGACCUUGUGAAUGAUUAUCACUGUGACUGUGGGGUUGGGUGGUCUGGGCGCAACUGUGGAAAUCGAAUCAAUUGGUGUGAGUCAAACCCUUGUAUGAACUAUGGUGUGUGUGAUUCUCUACCAGCGGGGUAUAGGUGUGAGUGUUCACUUGGGUUUAACGGGACAAAUUGUGAAAUUGACAUCAAUUUCUGUGAGAGCCAACCAUGCUUCAAUAAUGGUACAUGUUUUGAUGACAUAUCUACAUACAUAUGCACAUGCCAACCAGGGUAUGAUGGAAACAACUGUGAGCAUGAUGUCAAUGAAUGCAACUCCAAUCCGUGUCAAAAUAAUGGAAGCUGCUUUGAAACUACAAAUGCAGGAUACAGAUGUGCAUGCACUGCUGGUUACAAUGGGACUGAGUGUGAAAACAGCAUCAAUGAAUGUUCUUCUAAACCUUGUGCCAAUGGAGGUUAUUGCAGAAACAUAAUUAAUGGGUAUGAAUGCUCAUGUGCUCCUGGAUUCACUGGCAACCAAUGUAUGGAAAACAUAGAUGAGUGCGUGUCAAAUCCUUGUUUCAAUGGUGGUGUAUGCGUUGACCUAAUUGCUGGGUUUGCAUGCAUAUGUGCAGAAGGGUAUACCGGUUCAACUUGUAAUGUGAAUAUAGAUGAAUGCCAAUCUAAUCCAUGCUUAAAUGGUGGAAUCUGCAUUGACUUGGCGAACAGAUAUAGGUGUCGAUGCAGAGACGGUUACAGGGGUAGAAACUGCAAUAUUCCUCCUAAUUACUGUGCUUCUAAUCCUUGUAUGAACGGUGGCUCUUGCACGCACAAUACUAAUGGCUACUCAUGUUCAUGUGUGGUUGGGUAUGAUGGAAAUAACUGUGAGCGAAAUAUCAAUGAUUGUGUAAACCACCGCUGUGUUAAUGGAACUUGUGUGGACCAGAUUGCUGGUUACAGUUGCUUGUGUUUUUCUGGCUACAAUGGUGCAUUAUGCGACAACAAUGUUGAUGAAUGUCAAUCAAACCCCUGUCAUAAUGGAGGGGUGUGUGUAGAUAAAGUGAACUCAUUUGCUUGUCAAUGUACAACUGGAUUUACUGGCAUAGACUGCACGAUUUAUGUUGGGCCUUGUGUAUCAUCACCCUGCAUUCAUGGUGAAUGUAUUCACAGUGGUGACCACUUCAUUUGUCAGUGUGAUUCAGGGUACUCAGGAACAUUAUGUGGCAUUGAAUCGGACCCUUGUCAAUCAAACCCAUGUUUCCAUGGGGGUAAUUGCUCACGUACAUAUCCAGGGUAUCAAUGCCAAUGUAUAGAUGGAUACACAGGACGGAGGUGUGAAACGGACAUCAAUGAUUGUGUUCCAAACUUGUGUCGCAAUCGUGCUGUCUGUCGUGAUGCUAUCAACAAUUUUACCUGCGUUUGCCGAAAUGGUUACACUGGUCUUCUUUGUGGAAAUAUAGUGGAUAACUGUAGAUCAGAACCGUGUAUGAACGGAGCACGAUGCAUCAACAGAGUCAACAGUUUUGUUUGUCGAUGCAGACCAGGUUAUCGUGGUAGUGUAUGUCAAUCCCGUAUUAGAACUUGUAGAGCCCGUUUUCUUGGCCAGCAGUGGCCAUCAACUUGUACAGGAAAUGUGUUAGUAGGCAGGAACUGCUCACUUUCUUGUCCGCAAGGUACAGCCCCAUUGAUUUGGAAUGGACAACAACGUAGUGCCAUUUCUGCUCCAACCCGGCAGUGUUUGUAUACUGGACAGUGGACAAGGCACAGUAGGAACUACAGGUCAUGCGGUGUUGUCAUGUGCCCGCAACUACAAUCUUCCAUGCCCAGAAAUAAUGCAAGUAAUGAUGGAGUACGUUCAUUUAGUUUAAGAUCGCACAGUAGUAGUCAUACAUCUCAAGUGGUUUUACAAUCUGCUGAAGCGACCACCUACACUCACUACUUAAACUGCACCAACCACAAUAACAUUGGUUCUACUUGCGCUUUUGGUUGUGCAAAUUUCUACCAGCUUACAGGAUCCUAUUCCAGAACGUGUGGAAAUGAUGGCCAAUGGUCAGGAACUCCAGCAAUUUGUCAGCGUAUUAGCUGUGGUCAUCCUUUUCCAACAAAUUCGGGAAAUGGAAUCCUUAGUUCUACUUGCACUAAUGGUUACAAUAUUCAUUCAAUGUGUUUGCUCACUUGUUCCAUUGGUUUUGUUCGUUUUGGCCACGGUUUGAAACAAUGUGGAAUGGAUUAUACCUGGUAUCCCAAUACACCGUCUGGGUGUGUUGCUUCAUAUUGUGCUGGUCCACCACCCCACACUUUCCAUGGCAGCUAUGUAUGCAGUUCAUCAUCUAAUCCAGGCUCUAUAUGUACAUCUGUGUGUGACCCUGGGUAUAUAACUGUUUUACAUGGGAAGUACACAUGCUCACUCACUGAUAAUAACCUUAGAUGGGAAGGCCAGCCAGGCAUCUGUAGGAAAAAGGAAUGUCAAAAAUUCCUAGAUUUGAGAACUGGGGUGCAUGGUGGGUUUCAAUCUAAUGCAGACAAUAUUAGGUUAAUGAUUUCACCAUACAGUGGGUAUGUUGGUGGUAGGAGGACCAACGCUUGCAGUUUCAAGGCAGUUCUGGCAAUAAACGAUACAUUUUUAAAUUUGGUCACAAUUGAUUUAUGGUAUGGACAGCAACCAACCUUAUAUCACUUCGAUAUUGGGGACGAAAUGAAAACUAAUGGUUUAAAUGGAGCAAGUUACUCAACAAAUGUAGAUGAAGCUGCAGAAAUACUCGGAUUUAAUGAUGCUCUGGCAUUGUAUAAUAGUUCAUCUAGAUCUGUCUUGCUUAACGGAACAAGGAUUCCUGGUCCUUACUAUCCUGGUUUCUUUAGAAUACACGACCAUGUGAGCAUCAAACUAAACUCUGGUUCAGUAGUUGUAAAUAACAACAGAAAUUUUGUUGCUACUGUUGGACCAUCUGAAAACUUUAGUGCAACUAAUGGAAGAUUGGUGUAUGUUGGAUUAAAUAGACUUGCCAACCCAUCUACAAUAUUUGCAUCAAUACGAACUGGUGCUGGCUUGUGUUAUGUAUGUGUCAACUCAAACAAGAAUGGGACAGCAUAAGUUUUCACUGCCAUUGUAACAAUCUUGAGCUUUUUUAAUGUGCCGAAACAAAUUGUUUUGUAAUAAAGUAAAUCACAACAAGCAAAA